AUGCUAGCAAUAUUUGGUUUUAUUGCAUUUGAUUAUGAUUUACGAACUUUGGAAGAAGAUCAUAAAACAGGUUCAAACGAACUUGCCGAAGCAUUAGAAGUCAUUAACAAUGCCUUUCAAUUAGUAACUUACGCUCCUCGUUGGUUAUCGAUUCUCUAUCUGAAAUUGAGUAGUCGUCAUCAACGAGCUAAAAAGCUUGUCGAGCAAUAUCUUUAUCGGAUUAUUGAACAAGAAAUGAAUGAGAGUCCAGAAUUGAGAGCACAGCGAAAACGAACUAGUCUCAUUGCAUCAUUAGUCGGAUCAAUACCAUUCGAUGAAAAAAACGAAGCAACGAAACGUGAAGAAGAAAAAACAGGUCUAUCGCGACAAGAAGUUCUCAAUGAAAUGUUGCUCUUUCUCAAUGCUGGCUCAGAUACAACUGCUACAGCUAUUACAUGGUUCAUUCAUUUAGUCAGUAAACACCCUCGCGUACAAGAAAAAAUCAAAGCCGAAUUGAUCGCUAAUGAUGCAGCCAGUACACUUUCAUUAAGUCAUCUGGAUUCAUUAGUUUAUUUGGAUUGUGCUAUCAAUGAAGUUCUACGCUUCUGUCCACCGAUCAGUGGAACACUGCGAACAUUGACAACUGAUGAUCGUCUACCGAAGAGUGGUAUCCGAUUGUACAAGGGUGAUUCGGUUUUAAUACCAUUUCAUAAUCUUUCACAUGAUCCCCGUUAUUGGUCAAUCGAUCCUGAAAAAUUCUAUCCGGAACGAUUUCUUGGUGAAGAUAAAAAUCACCCCACCUGUGCAUUAAUACCAUUUGGCAGUGGCCACCGUCAUUGUAUUGGAGAAGAUUUUGCUCGAUUCAAGUUGAAAGUUAUUAUAGCUAGAUUAAUGCAACAAGUUACAUUUGGUGAUGGUGGCCCAAAAUUAAAUGCUGGUGGACAUUCAAGCCAAGUAACUAUUGUGCCAAAAAAAGUCGGCGUUACAUUCACAAUUACUUGA